AUGGAAUUUGUGACAGGCCUGGUGCACCUCCAAGAGGAGUCUAGCUGCCCCAUCUGUUUGGAUUACUUGAAAGACCCAGUGACUAUAAACUGCGGGCACAACUUCUGUCGCUCCUGCAUCAACAUGAUGUGGAAGGAUCUAGAUGAUACCUUCCCCUGUCCCGUCUGUCGUUUUUGCUUUCAUAACAAAAGCUUCAGGAGCAAUCGCCAGCUCAGUAAUCUGACUGAAAUUGCUAAACGACUGCAGGUCCGAAGGAGCAAGAGGAAAAGGCAGGAAGAGUAUUCUAUGUGUGAGAAGCACAAUCAGUUUCUGACACUUUUUUGUGGGAAGGACCUAGAGGUUUUAUGUACACAGUGCAGUUUCUCUGUUCAACACCAGAAACACUAUAUUUACCCCAUUAAGAAAGCUGCCACUUUUCACAGGAAAAUUCUAGAAUAUAGCAUCGAGCCCUUGAGGGACAAUGUGGAACGAGUUGAAAAAGUGUUAAGUCUUCAAACCAGCAAAAUAGUGGACCUGAAAAAGAAGGUAGAGGACAGGAGAGAAGAAAUCAUUUCUGAAUUUGAGCAAAUCAGACAGUUUCUACAGAAUCAGCAAGAGGCUCUUCUUAGGCAGAUAGACGAUGAAGAGAGGGACAUUUUAACAAAACUAAAUGAGAACCAGAGAACAUUUUCAGGUCACGUUUCCACAUUAAAACAUCUGCUCAAGGAGGUAGAGUGCAGGUGUGUGCAGUCAGAACUGGAAUUAUUGACCCAUGUUAAGGGUAUCUACAACAGGUAUCAAAACCUAACAUAUCCUGAGCUCUUCAUAUUCCAAUUAAAGAAAUACGGAUUUAGUCUUCCUCCACAGUAUUCUGGCUUGGACAAAAUUAUCAAGCCAUUUCGAGCAGAUGUGAUGCUAGAUCUUGAAACAGCACACCCUCAGCUUAUUGUGUCUGAGGAUAGAAAAAGUGUGCGAUAUGGAAACAAAAAAAAACACCUUUGUUACAACCCGAGGAGAUUUUAUCUCUGCCCUGCUGUCCUGGGUUCGAGGAGCUUUAAUUCUGGCCGGCAUUACUGGGAGGUAGAAGUGGGAAACAAGCCUAAAUGGACCUUGGGGGUGUGUCGAGAUCGUUUUCCCAGGAAUUGGAGGACUUGGCCAGUAGUUGAGGGUGGAUUCUGGGCAAUUGGGCGAUAUAGUGAAAGCAUUUAUGUUAUACUGGGUGGUAAGAGAACCCAACUUCUGCCUGUAGUAAGACCCAGUAAGAUCGGCAUUUUUCUGGACUGUGAGUUGGGUGAAGUUUCCUUUUACAAUAUGAAUGAUAGAUCUCUUCUCUAUAAUUUUAAUGAUUCUCUUAUAGAAGCUGUGUGUCCUUAUUUUUAUAUUGGAGUAGAUUCUGAACCUCUUAAAAUCUCUUCAGUGACAGAUGAUGAACGAUGA